GAGAAAUUGAACUGUCACCAAUCAUCCACCAUAUACAUGUCACUAUGGCUGCCUCGGCUCACAAAAAACGAAAGAAUCAUGCAUCCGACGCAGAUCCCGACGCACCCAGGAAGAAGAAAGAGAAAUUGAAACAGCACACGGGAAAGCCCUGUACCGAACUUUCGACAAGUGAAUUCCGGGUGACGAAAGCAACUAUAACACUCUCUGUACCUCCCAUAUUCGCCUGUAACCUACGUGCGGGCGCGGAGGAAAUGUUAGAUAGCAUGAUCAUGCGAUAUAUCCCGUCCUUGUGCGGUGUUCUCUUAGCUCAUUCAAAUUUACAUUUCCUGAGUCCAACAGCGAGCAUAAAUGCCGACUGUCCUUUCGCGAUCUGUAAUGUUACUUUCGAUGCUACGGUCUGGAGUCCAAGUAUAGCCAUGAAACUUGUUGGCAAAAUUAUUCUGUAUUCUCCCGAUCAUGUUUCGCUACUCCUACAUCGUACAUUUAAUGUUUCUAUACCACGACACCACAUUCCACAAGAUGUUUGGGAGUUCGAAUAUGGUCCUGCGGAAAACGAUCCUGAGUAUGGAGAAGGUGCUGUAGAGAAGGUGGAAGGCGAAGCGGUACCGGAGGCGAGCGGACAGUGGGUACACCGUGUAACGGGGACGAAGCUUGGCGGAGCAGAUGGGCAUCUCGAGUUUACAGUUAUCGGAAAAACUGUGGCGAAUGAAAUGCUCUCCCUUCAAGGAUCGAUACAGCCUGAUCCCUUUUCUGAAGAACACUCACAAUCAGCCAAGAGCUCCCACAAAAAAAGUGCCAAAUAGGUUCGGAUUACCGCUCUGGCGUCUCAGAUCUGGCUUCGUACAGAAAUCGUCGAGGGCCCGACACCAAUAUUCAGGGCCUUCAUCUAGUCGCAGAGAGGCGUGUUUGGGCCUAGUAGAGCGGGAUUGUUGCGAAUGGCUCUGUUCACAUCCUGCCGGAUACUUGGAAAAUUGGUGGCAAGCUGGUAGAUAAGCGUCGCAAAGAAAUAUCCAGCCGUGCAACGUUUGGUGUAUUUGCGCGAGAAAAAGAACGUUCCCGCUGGCAGCUUUUCA